CGGGGYCGCCCGGGACAAAGUCCAGGGGUCAGCGCUCUCCUGAGGGGCCGCGCGAGCCCUCCUGUCACCAUGGCGGAAACUCUGGAGUCGCUGGAGUCGUGCCUGGAGCGGCACAUCCCGCCCGGGGAACUCGCCGAGGUGAAGCGGAUCCUGUAUGGGGGCGAGGCCAGAAAACUUGAYUUGCCAGCUGCUGCACUGUCAGCAGCUCAGGAAAAAGAUUUUGAGCUACAGGGCUAUGGAUUUGAAGCUUCUCCGGAGCAAUUGAGAAGGCCACGUAUUGUUCGAGUGGGACUGAUACAGAAUAAAAUUCCUCUUCCUACAGACACAGCUGUGGCAGUCCAGGUGGCUGCUCUGCACAGACGAAUUGAGGAGAUGGUGGGAGUGGCUGCAAUGUGUGGGGUCAACAUUGUGUGUUUCCAGGAGGCUUGGACCAUGCCCUUUGCAUUUUGUACAAGAGAGAAACUUCCUUGGACUGAAUUUGCUGAGUCAGCAGAGGAUGGGCCAACAACCAAAUUUUGUCAAGAGCUUGCAAAGAAAUACAAUAUGGUYGUGGUGUCUCCGAUCCUGGAGCGAGAUGAACUGCAUGGUGGAAUUCUGUGGAAUACUGCAGUGGUCAUUUCUAAUUCCGGAGCUGUCCUUGGCAAAAGUAGGAAAAACCACAUUCCAAGGGUUGGAGAUUUCAAUGAGUCUACUUACUAUAUGGAAGGAAAUACAGGACACACAGUGUUUCAGACACAGUUUGGGACAAUUGCUGUGAAUAUCUGCUAUGGGCGCCACCAUCCUUUGAACUGGCUCAUGUAUAGCAUGAAUGGAGCAGAGAUCAUCUUUAAUCCUUCAGCCACUAUUGGCACACUCAGUGAGGCRCUGUGGCCCAUCGAAGCCAGAAAUGCUGCCAUAGCCAAUCACUGCUUCACGUGUCCCAUCAACAGAGUAGGAACGGAAUACUUCAAAAAUGCCUUUACUUCUGGAGAUGGUGGAAAAGCACACCAUGAGCUAGGCCAUUUCUAUGGCUCGAGUUACGUAGCUGCACCAGAUGGCAGCAGGACCCCCGGACUCUCUCGCACUCAAGAUGGGCUGCUGGUGGCAGAGAUGGAUCUAAACCUCUGCAGGCAAGUUGGUGACAAGUGGAAUUUUAAGAUGACUGGUAGAUAUGAAAUGUAUGCAGAGAAGCUUGCUGAAGCAAUCCAGCCUUACUUUAUACCCAAUAUCAUCAAAGAGUAAGAGAGAGCAUCUCAUUACAUUCAAAUAUGGCAAGAUAAAUUCAAAGUUACUGUUGGAUGAUAGCUUUACUGUGAAUCAUGAGUUGCUGGUUUAAUGUUGUCAGUUUAAUUUCAUGUAACCAACUUCAAAUAAUAGCAUUCGAAUCAGUGUUAAGUAAAAUAACUGAAAAUGGC